AAGUAGAUAAAAGAUUUAGUCUCGACCAACAGAUCAUUUGUUUCGGAUCGUUCGACAGAGAUCUGUAUAAACGUAACUUCUUUUUAUAUGUGACAGUAAUAAUUUUUUCGUGUUAUAAUAUCAAGAUAAAAUUCAAGUUUAAAAAACAUUAUAAGUGGAAUUAUUUUUUCAAUAUAUUAAUUUUAAUAGAAGUCUUCCUAUUACAUCAGAUAGAACAAGAUUACGAUCAUAAUUGUUUUUCCUUUUUUUUUUUUUUUUUUUUUUUUUUUUUUUUUUUACGUUCGAAUGACCAUGGAGACAGAACAAAAAGAACAAAUUGAAAUAAAAGAAAUAACUUUAUACCAAUUGGAACCAUUAUUACGAUCAAUGUUAGGUAAUGAAUUGAUCGUUGAAAAUUACACGAGCAGCACAUUUUUACCGCCUGGAGAGAAUUACGGUAGUACUAUUUUAGCUAUCGAUGCUGUAAUAAAACGAGAAAAGAAUGCCGAAAGAGAAGAUCUUCAUAUGAUUGCAAAAAUGGCACCGCCGACCGAAUUCCAAAGACGAGUAUUUAAUAGUCCUUUUACGUUUAAAAAGGAAAUAUUUAUGUAUGAACGUUUACUACCAUAUUAUAGGCUUAUGGAAAAAGAACUUGGUGUUGAUGAAAAUGAAUUAUUUGACGUUAUACCUAAAUAUUACGGUUCCCGUUUAUCUCUCGAUCCACAAAAAGAUUUUGAUGACAAUGCUGUUAUUUUAUUAGAGAAUCUUAAAAUACGUGAUUAUUAUACUGGUAAAAGAGAAAUAGGCGUCGAUUUAGAUCAUUCUAAAUUAGCCGUGCGUGCAAUGGCUAGAUUUCAUGCCCUUGGAAUCGCAAUGAAGCAUAACAAGCCUGAUGAGUAUAAUAUAAUCAGGGAAGCUUCUAAAUGUCCUGAACUUAUAAAAGAUGGAUUUACAGAGUUUUAUAUACCUAUAUUAAAAAAACUCGAAGAAAAUCCAGUUACGAGAAUUUAUUAUGAUAGAUGUGCAGUAAUAUUAAAGGAUGAAACAUUUUUUGAAGAAUGGUUAGCUGAACCAGAAGGAGAAUGGGGAACGAUAGUUCAUAAAGAUUUUUGGGUAAACAAUAUGAUGUUUCAUAGUGAUCAAAAUGGUCACGUGGACGAUGUGAAAUUUAUCGAUUUUCAAAAUUAUAUGUAUUCAAAUCCGGUAGGCGAAUUAUUGUUUUUUUUACAUUCAAGUACAGACGAUAAUGUUCGGGCAAAUAAUCUCGAUGAACUCACAGAUUUAUAUUAUGAAAUUUUUAUUUCUGUAUUAUUAAAAAUGAAGUGCGAUAUUAAACCUUUCGAUCGUAAAAGUUUUAACGAGCAAUUUCUAUUAGUCUGCAAAAUUGAAUUUAUACAUUUAUGUUUUAUGAUAAAGAUGCUUACAAUUGAUGUUAAUAAAACCAAUUUGAACAAUUCUACUAUUGAAACAGUAAUGACAAGCUAUGAAGGUAACGAAAUGUUUACAAAAAGAUUACAAAGUCUAGUAUUAUAUUUUGCCGAACAUAAUUGGAUUUAGAGAAAAUUUUUAUUAAUAAUGGCUUAUUUGUUUUUAAUUGUAUUCUUCUCAGGUUUUUUGGUUUAUUUUUCAUCGUAAAAGUAUUAUUUUACGAAACGACAUAUUAUAAUUCAUUUAUA